UCCCCUGCUCUUCAGGGUCCUAAAGGCAUAUCCUGCCGAUAGAUAGAUUGUUCGAUACGUGCCAAAACAACACCCUGUGUCUCUCUUUCGUUGAGAGACGGCAGUCCACCAUAGAAAGCUCCUUCGGGUCCCAAGUGACAUAGCCUGCAUCCAUGGUUCUCGCGACCAAACAGGCAAGACAGGAAGCGCUCCAGGGGACGAGCGAAUGGUUUGCUGGCCUACUUUUGUUAACUUGGUGAUGUGGUCAUUUGGGAACCCCUGAAGAGGAACUACGUCGCGGGUCAACGAAUGGCUCCAAAAUUCCCAACAUGGUGCGUUUGCAUAGUCACAGCGCUGGUUGUGCAUUGUUCUACAGGCUCUGAAACAUGCAAGAUCUGGUCCAGCGCUGGAGAAGUUGUGAAACGAGGCUCCAGUUUUAAGAUUUUCUGCACAUUUCCAUCCACCUGCGAGAUUGAAGUGCAUUUAAGCGAUAACUUGCGCCAAUACGAACGUCAUAAUUCGUCCACCGUGUACAUUGACGCUGUAAACAUAACAAACAGUGCGACGUAUAGCUGCCAGUGCAAGCUCGAACGCUAUCUCUGUGGAAUCGAUAUUCGUGCAGGAUAUCCACCAGGCAAACAUGGAGCCCCAACGUGCAUAAAGAGUGAAGAAAAGAGUAACGGAACACAUGGUUUUGUGGAGUGUAGAUGGAAAAGCUUGACGAAAACCUAUCUACACCCUAAUUCUACUCUACGGGUGACGUCUCAGCCCAAAAAACCCAAGGCCAUCCCCGAGAUUCGCCCUGGGUCCAUUGAGGGCCCAGGGUCGUUCACGUUCAGGGCUAACUUGAUGGUAGAGAGUUCUGUCCAGAUGAUUUCCGUGGAAGUCCUCGCCCACAACGUGCUGGGGCGGUCAGAGUCUGACACCUAUAACUUCACUCUCAGCGACAUCGUGAAGCCCUCGCCCCCCGUUUUGAACCUAGUGGAGUGCUCCUCGAGGUCCUGUAACAUCACCUGGGGCCACUCCCUGAAGGUCAACCUACAGGUCCACCUACAGGUCCAGUACAGGGAUGUUACGGAUCUGUUGGUUGCAGAGGAGGACUGGCUGAACACCUCAUCUGAGCUGCCCUCCGUCCUUUCUCUAGAACCAUCCAGGAAUUACUCCUUCAGAGCCAGAGCCAAGCUGAACAGUGGACUCUGGAGUGACUGGAGCACACUGGUCCAAAACAGGACUCAGGAGGAAGCUCCCAACAAGGAACUUGACAUCUGGUUUGCCAGGGCCACUUCUCCACCGAACAUCUUGACUGUCUACUGGAAGUCGCUGAAUGAAUCUGAGGCCAGAGGGAGGGUGCUGGGAUACCUAGUCCAUAUAAAUGACAAUCACACGGAAAGCCGAACCACACACAAUGUCAGUGCCAACGACGCACAUUUCUCAGUCCAGUCCUGUGUAAGUUGCCUGGUGACGGUGUCUGCAUACAACUCCAAAGGCUCCUCCCCUCCGGCCCGUGUCCCCUCCUUUUUCAAAACAGCUCAGCCCCCUCAAGAGUUGCAUGUCACUGAAAGCAAGGACAACGUCUCCCUCUACUGGAGAAAGGCAGACCAUACAUUACAAUCCACUGGCUAUCUGGUUGAGUGGUAUCUGCAAGACCAGCAGUUUGAAAAGCUCCAAUGGAUGCGACUGUCCAGCGCAGAGAGUCAGGCAGUAAUCACAGAGAUUGAUCCAAAUAAGUGCUAUGAUGGAGCGGUGUAUGUCUUCUAUGAAAACGCUUUGGGCAAGGCCAGUUUUACUGGUGUCAACACUCUAGUGUCAGUGCCAACAGGUGCGCCGUCGGUCAACAGGGACGGUGAGGGCCAGGCGGUGACCUUGACCUGGACACAGAUUCCCUGGCGUCAGCGUGGAGGGUGUAUCCGCAACUACACCGUCUACGUAAAAAACAACAAGGACUCCGAGCACAUGUACCAUGUCCCUGCAUCAGAGCAUCAGUACACCAUCGACCAUCUGCCUCCAGACACCUACAUAGUCUGGGUGACAGCCUGGACAGAAAAAGGCGAAGGACCCCGUGGGGAAACAAUCAAGUUUAUCAUCCAACAGGGAACAAACCCACUCCAUUGGCUGUUAUUGGCAGCCUCUUUGUUCAUAGUUCCUCUGGUCUGUCUCUUCAAGUGGCUAGCAAGAUGGCAAAGGCUGAAGAUGAUUCUAAUAUCACUGAAAGAUGUACCAGAUCCCAGCAAUAGCAAGUUGGCAAAGUCCUUUACAGAUAACAAGGGCAAGAUGGAUCUCCACGUGAACCCCAGCGACUUCUCCUCAGAAGAAGAGGAAGUCAUUGUGAAAUUCAUGGAGAUUCAGAAGGAGAACGACGAAGACUUGGGCCGCCGCGAGGGCCCCACCGACGCCUCCUCUGUUCUUCGGCCUGAUUGGGAUUCAGGGACGGAGCCGCAGACCCCCUACCUCAAGAGUUUGGCCCAGGCCUCAGACAGCUCAGACUACACUCACAGCUCCCAGGACACGGGCACCACCACCGGCUACAUCGCCUCACAGGCGGAGCAGAGUGUACUGGAGGAAGGGCAGGAGGAAGACGAGGAGUGUAUAGACCAUUACCCCAGCAAUGUCUUUGAUGAACCCAUCGUGUUUGGGAGGGGGCUGACUCUUGAUGCUGUGAAAAUUGACUGCAGAAACUUGUGGGAGAAUGACGGCUGAAAGGCUGGAACCUAUAUAAACAAGAUGUGUUUUUUAGAGGUGAUGGCUGAACAAACUUUAUUAUUUAAGGCAUGGUUGCAAUUUGAGAACAGGUGGGGCCUGAACCCACCCACACGUUUGGACUCACAAGUGCCCUCUUGGCCGGCAUUGGGGAAAUUAUUAAGGUUAUUUGGUUGCACAUCAUCAAAGACGAGAAAAGAUCAAAGACGAGUCAACGUAAUCUGCCCCCUUGAAUGUUUUGCCUAAGGACAUAAGUCUGUGAGGAAACUAUUGUUAUUUUACAAAUGUAGUAGAUGUGUUUGACUAACCGUUUGUAGUUAUCCUCAGUUUAUCCUCGUGAAAAAGUUGAGGGAGCUGGAUCCAAGUCUGAAAAAUCGUAUCUAAACAUUAAAUCUGGCAAAUAAAUACACCAACCGUUGUUCAUAUUGAUGAAAAACAGUAGGUAAAUUCUGUGUUCCAUUUACCUACCUGUUGCGGGAUGAGGAUACCUGUUGAGUGUCUACCAACGUAGGCUUUUCUUUGUCCGAAGGAUCGGUGUAGGUGUGACUUAUCGCUGACUUCCUGGUAAAUUAAAGUGAUGAAUUUGCUCACUUAUUUUCGCUGGAAUGCAUUAUUCAUUAAAUGCAUUUAUUAUUGAAGUGUGUGUGUGUGUGUGUGUGUGUGUGUGUGUGUGUGUGUGUGUGUGUGUGUGUGUGUGUGUGUGUGUGUGUGUGUGUGUGUGUGUGUGUGUGUGUGUGUGUGACCAAACUCUUAUCUCUAGUCUUAAACUAGGCCUACAUUUUCUUAAUGCAAACCUGGUUGGUGCAACGAGAAGGGAUUAUUAUUAAUAUUCUACUUAUCUUUGUAUUUGUUGAAUGCCCCAUCUCUUGGUCAGUAUAUGGCUUUAAAUAUCUUGGAGUGCAAGUGACACCCGCCUUGGACAAACUAUAAAACUAUAACCCUUUGCUGGAGAAAUGCAAAAAGAAACUUCAGACUUGGUCUGUUCUCCCUCUGUCCCUAUUGGGAAAAUCAAUGUCAUUAAAAUGAGUAUAUAUUUAAGUUUAUUAAUGCUUUCAAUAUGUUGCGAUAUUAUAUUCCCUUUUCUUUUUUUAAGCUAAUCAAUAGAUCAAAAUGUAUAAUCAAAAUGUAUAUUGAACAACAUAUCCCUAAGGAUUAAGUUUAACAAAGUCAUGUUUAAAAGGGAGUUAGGACUUCCACAUUUCCUAUGGUACUACUGGGCCUGCCAAGUUAGAAAUAUAGUUGGAAGUUGGAAACUAGUUAUCUUUGGGUAGCAUUCCCUAGCAAUCCUUUGCUGCUAUUUGUGCAGAAUAUCAAAUAUUUUUAAAUACGUUGCAAGUUUGUAAUAUCAUUGUGUCUUUACAUGAAAAGGGACAAUUUAGACUAUCCCACUGAGCUUGAACAAUUUAUUAUCUCUGCUACUUUGUUAAGAGAAAGAUAUCUUAUUUGUAUAGUAUUUUGUCUUGAAGUUCCCAGAACUCCUUCUCUUCUUUGAGAACAAUCUGGAAACUAGAGCUUAAAAAGAAGUUCAGCGCUAAAGAAGGGUUAAUUCUGUGCACUGAAUUUCCUCACCUUUGAUUACAAACAUUCAAGUCAAAGAAACUCAUUAUAAAUUCCUGUAUAAAUACUAUAUAACUCCAGUGAAUCUUAAUAAGUUUCAUGAUACAAAUUCUCCUAUUUGUAGAAAAUGUGGAAUCGAAUCACAUUUAUGCAUUUAUUUUGGUAUUGUAAAGCCGUUUACUCCUUUUGGGAGAAGAUCCAUAAUGCAAUUCAAGAUAUGUGUAACUGUGCUUUGGAGCUAUGCUAUAUUUGUUGAAUUAUGAUGUGAAAAAUAAGUUUCCUUAUGCAAGAUGUGUGUUUACAAUGUUUUCCUAUUUUGCAAAGGAAAGUAUACUUGCUAGAUGGAUCUCCCAGUCAGGAACCACCAUGGGUCAAUGGCUUGAGCGGAUAAUAGAUUUGUUGCCCGUUGAAGAAAUUACAAGUAAACAGCAUUCAAGACUGCAAGAUUUCAUAUCCACAUGGUCCUUAGCACUGAAUUAUAAAGAGAACAUAAAAUUACAAAAAUUAAUAAUGGAUAACCCACAGACUAUGGUAGCGUAGUUAUUAUUGUUAUUAUUAUUAUUUAUUUUUUGCCUUUCUUAUUUUUUGCCUUUCUUUCUUUCUUAGUUGUAUUGUCCCUGCUGUUUUGUGCGAUGUUAUUUGGCUGUGUUUGGGGGUAUGUGUGUGAUAUGUGCUAAAUUGUGAAAAAACAAAACAAAAAACCACAACAUGAAAGAAA